AUGAACGCCACCACAGAGGUAACCCAGCUGUAUCAGAAACCUUUGAAAGUCGUGCUGUCCAUGCUGCCGUGUCUUUUCUUCCUGUACGUAAACGGAGUCAUGGUCUUUGCCUUGCUGAGGAAGCCUCUCUUGCUGGAGUCCUCUCGUUAUAUCCUGUUUGCUCAUCUGCUCCUYACUGACUCUAUGCAGCUUGUGAUCGCUAUGCUGCUGUACAUMUUUGCUGUGACCAUGGUCAAAAUGAUCAGCUAUCUGUGUGUUGUUAUCACAAUGAUUGCMGUCAUCRCUSURAAAUUGUCGCCCCUCAACCUGGCUGUGAUGUCUUUGGAGAGGUAUGUUGCCAUUUGUUUUCCACUGAGGCAUGUAGAUAUUGCCACCACCAGGAGGACAGGCAAGGCCAUUGCUGUGAUAUGGACAGUGGCCUCUUUGGACUCGGUCACCCAGGUUUUCGUGUUUGUCAGUCUCGAGAACAAAAGCUUCACUGUGCCGAGGUUCUGCGACAMGAACAAUGUCUUCAGGCUACAGAUUUUUUCYACUUUAAACAUGGCCUUCAACAUCUUGUAUUUUGUMUUGGUGGGCUUGGUUAUCAUUUAUACAUACGUUGCUAUCAUGAUUACUGUGAAGUCGGCCUCCUCCUGUAAUCAUAACGCCAGCAAGGCCCACAGGACAGUGCUGCUGCAUCUGCUUCAGUUUUGUCUGUGUCUCACCUCCACUCUGUUUAGCAUGAUCGACUCCAGAGGCCAGUGGAACAUUGAUCGUACCAUGGCCAUUCAUGUUAAGUACACUCUCUUUUUGGGUCUCAUCAUUUUUCCCAAGUGUUUGAGUCCUCUCAUAUAUGGCCUCAGAGAUCACACCUUCAAACACAUCUUCAUAUUCUAUUUCACCUUUGGGCUCAAAAGCAAUGUGAGGUCAUUUACCAAGACCUGA